UCUCUUUACGCUCAAUCCCUUAAGCUAUGGGACUCUGUUUUCCUUUUCACCAAUAAAAACCUCACUGCCCUUUGCUUCUCUUCCAUUUUUAAUUCCACCCCUGUUUUGUGUUGUUCUUCCUCUGUUGUUUCAGUAGAUAAAAAUCCGACCGGAAUGGUGUUAAACAUGGGGAGUUACGAGGAACAUGUCGGCAGAGAAGAGGGUUCUGUUGUCCUUCUUGAUCCUGUUGUGUUGGAGCUCAACCGUUUGCAGAACCUUGUAGCAGAGAAGAACAGGGAGCUGGGAGCUGCACACAGUGAAAUCAAGGCCUUGAAAGCCACAGAAGCCAAGAAAGACAAAGCUCUAGAAGAGCUGAAAAGUGAAGUUGAUAAACUUGACGACAAGCUUAGAGCCACUGAGAAUCUCCUUGAACACAAGAACCUUGAAAUAAAGAGACUAACAACUGAGAAGAAAGAUGCAGUGGCUGCACAAUAUGCUGCAGAAGCUACACUCAGAAGGGUAUAUGCAAAUCAGAAAGACGACGAUUCGCUUACUCUCGCGUCGGUUGUCGCUCCUCUCGAAGCGAAAAUCAAAAUGUACAAGAAUGAGGUUUUGUUACUGCAAGAGGAUAAGAAAGCUUUGGAGCGUCUCACGAAGUCGAAGGAAGCGGCGUUGCUCGAAGCAGAGAAGAUUCUACGAAGCGCGCUUGAGAGAGCUCUGAUUGUGGAGGAAGUUCAAAAUCACAACUUUGAGCUGAAGAGACAGAUUGAAAUUUGCCAGGAAGAGAACAGGAUCCUUGAGAAAACUAAUCGCCAGAAGGUUAUUGAAGUUGAAAGGCUUGGGCAAACCAUUAAGGAUUUAGAGGAGGCCAUUCUAGCUGGAGGAGCUACAGCUAACAUGGUUCGAGAUUAUAAGCGACAGAUUGAAGAAUUACAUGAAGAGAAGAGGACUCUUGAGAGAGAAUUGGCAAGAGCGAAAGUCUCGGCUCACCGUGUCGCUACCGUGGUGGCGAACGAGUGGAAGGAUGAAAGUGAUAGAGUUAUGCCUGUCAAGCAGUGGCUGGAAGAGAGAAAGCUAUUGCAGGCAGAGUUGCAAAGAACAAAAGACAAGUUAGCUGUGUCAGAAAGAACAGCCAAAGCAGAAGCACAACUCAAGGAAAAAUUCAAGCUGAGAUUGAAAACAUUAGAAGAAGGGCUAAGGCAAAUACCAGCUUCCCCUGUAAAUACCAAAGCAUUCAGUGGAUCCCCAAAAACAGAACGAUCCAAUAACAUCUUAGGCUUCUUGACAAGCAAUGGAAGGAAGAGAUCAACUUCUCUAUCAAAGCCUUCUUCAGCCAUCUCCAAAACUUCAAACAUUCUAGUUCAAACAAAUGCCUCAGAUUAUGACAAGGCCACUGCACCACCUGAGCUAAACAGGUCAAACAGCUUGAAGAAGAAAUAUGCCUCAGCUUGUGAAAACGUAAUGAAAAAGAGUAUGUGGGCUUCUGGUAGAAGUAAAGUAGUUGAUAUUACUGAAAAAGAAAACAGAGAAACCAUUGAUGGUGAAGGAUUCCGAGAACCGAGCAGCCUCGAAAACGAAGAUACGGUUUCGGGUUUUCUGUAUGACAAAAUACAGAAGGAAGUCAUUAAUUUGAGGAAGCUAUGUGAAGUGAAAGACGGGAACUUGAAUACAAAAGAUGAAGAAAUCAAGGUUCUUAUGAAGAAGGUUGAUGCAUUAACGAAGGCCAUGGAAGUAGAGGCUAAGAAAAUGAAGAGAGAAGCAGCUGUGAAAGAAAAGGAAGCAGCAGCAGCUGCAGCAGGGAGAUUAGAGGAGAAGAACAAGCCCAGGAUGGUUCACACCAAAAGCCGUAGGCUAUCAACUUGAUAACUUGCAGAGGAAAUGCAUUCAAGAAAGAAAAGGAAUCCCAGGACCCAGAUGCAGAUUUGAUUAUAUCAAUCAGUUCUUGUUUUUGUUCUUAUUGUAGAUACAAAGUUUGCAGUGUGUACGUAUGAACAGCUGCUUGGUAAUAAGUUUGUUUUAGCUAUGUUUUCUCUGCUAUGUAUACAUAUUAAUGCCAUCUGCUUGAGCUUUCUUCGUGGUCCCACUUUAGUUGGGGAAGAGAAACGAAGGAUUCUUUGUAUUGGUGUGUAAAUUUCUCCCU